CAACAGUGGAUGGGGCUUCACCUGGGAGUGUGCAACCGAUAACAUGUUAGUAAUUGACUUUGCUCACUUCUGUCGUGCCAUUUCCGAUCUGUGCACGGACCACACGAUUAAGCGCCAAAUCAUAUAGGAGUCAUCAUAGGGUUUUCUCACUCUCCCACGCUGGAUGAUUGCUGCAACCAUGUCAACUCGCGCAGCAGCUCGUGCUCGGAAAGAGAGGACCAGUGUGUCCUCUCAACAUGACAAUCCUACUGACAAGGAAAACACAAAAGUGAGCGGGCAUAAGCCCGAGACAAAGUCUACGCGAGCAAAGACGAAGGCGAAAGCGCCAAAGGUGUAUUGUACAUGCAAGAAGCCCGACGAUGGGACGCCUAUGAUUCUGUGUUCCGAGUGUAAAGAAUGGUAUCAUUUCAACUGCGUAGAUCUUAAGGAAUCAGACGCAGAGGACAUACGACUAUACAUCUGCCCUGCAUGCCACGAGAAGACAGGCCUUCACACCGUCAAUGCUAACGAUGUUUACUGUUUAGUGGAUUGGGAAGGUCCGGAGGCGAUGGAAGAUCGACAGGACAAGCCAAAGCCAUCUACGUCUGGUCCCUCACCUGUCAAGGUCACAAAAGGCCCACCAAAACCCAAGAGACCGGAGCCCGAGGAGGAAGAAGAGUCUGCAUCUGACGAAGGCAGCGAAGACGAAUACAUUGCAGAGCAGCACAAGACACAAGGAAAGCGUCGAGCACGUCGAUUAUCAUUGUCGUCAGAAUCUGCAUCUAGUGAUGAAGAUGCGGAGACCCACAAGGCACCUAAGCGAAUGCGCCGCGCAAGCACAGCUUCAAAGGAUGUGAGGCCGAAGAAGGAAUCUGAAUCACCUGGACCAAGCAGUACUCGCAAACGACGUCAAUCUACUACCACGCACCCUGUCCCGCCACCUAAGCGCCGUAAAUCGGAAUCCACGCCCGGCGAAGAUGCAACGAGGAAAUACUGUCUUACCAAGUUGGAGGAAGUCUUCACGCAGAUCUUCCUGCGAUAUCCAAUUCUUCCUCAAGAUGAAACUCAAGAGGGCGAUGAGAUCACGCCUUCGAAGAAGACCGAAGAGUUGACGCCCGAGGAGAAAGAACUUGUUGAAGAAAAGGCGAAGCAUUUUACUGCAGAUUUGGAGCACUGUAUGUUUGAGCUCUAUGCUGAGCCGGACAAGACUGGCAAACCACACGCAGCUGCUAAGUACAAGGAGCGGUUCCGGAUGCUAACGUUUAACUUAAGCAAGCCUGACCGUGUUAUUCUGCAUAAACGUAUAGCAUCGUCUCAUAUCUCACCCAAGGAACUCUCGACAAUGUCAUCCACUGACUUGGCGAAUGAAGAGACAAAACAAAUCAUUAAACAAGCGGAGAAGGAAGCUUUAGCUCAGACCAUUUUGAAGAAGACUAUUCUGCCUCGAGCUAAGAUGACGCACAAAGGUAUUCAGGAUAUUGAGGAUAUUAAUGAUGCCUCCUCGCGAUAUCGCGAAAGAGAGCGCGAAGAAGAAGAAGAAGAGGACCGUAUUGAACGAGAGCGGUUGGCUCGUCUGAAGGUACAGGCGGAGCGUGCUCAAGCACAGGCAAAUCAGGGAUCUGUUCCUCCUGAGUCACCAAUAACACCGACAUGGGGCGGACCUCCAUCUCUACCUAUGCAUGGUAUGCAGGGUCAGGGUGCGACGGGACCGCCCAGUAUGUCGGCUCGACCUCCGGUGAACCCACUUUUUGUGCCUAGCGCGUCGGAUAUGAGUACGCCUGCAGUAGAAGGCGAAUUGAAUCUCGCGGACCUCAUCAACAUUGACGACGAACUAUCCAUGGAAGAUGUGUCCCCCUCUCUUUCUGUUCCAUCUCCCCCUGUUGCUCCUCCCGCUAUAUCACCACCCUCAACCGCAAUUAGCCCAGACAGUACCACAUCGAAUGCCCCCAGCCAAAGUCCCCCUUCGCAUGCUACCGGUAUCUCUCCGUUCGCUGCCAAACCUGAUUCAUCGAGCCGACCAUCGUUCGAUCUGCAUUCGCUCUGGACGCCGAGAGACGAAAGUCAGGCGAGUCCUGCACAUGAUGAACCUGUUGCAGAACCUGCUGUUGACCCUCCUGUUGAACAUCGCGAGGAGGAAACGAAGUCUCAGGCCGCAUUGGAUGUGGGGGCAUCCGGCAAGGAAGCUGAUGAUCAAGAUUUCGAUAUGUUCCUGCGACAAGAUGAGGAAGAGAAAGAGCAUCCUAUUCGCGUGGAUAGUCCCCAAGCCAAGCGCAUCGCAUUCGACGCUUUGCCCCAAGUUUGGUCUGGAAAGAUUAGUAUGCCGUUGGAUUCGACUAUUCCACAGGAGGUGGCGUUGGUUGCUCGUCAGGUUGGUGGACGAACCUUAGGUGGUGAAUCGCCACUCUGGAGGACACUGUUCCCCGUCGAUCAUCUCCGUAUCGAUGGACGAGUGCCAGUUGACAAGUCUGCCGAGUACCUCACACAGACCAGACUCAAUGCUGCAAAAGAGCUCAUCGCUGUAGCUUUAUCUCCUGCUUCAGAGUCAAGUAGUAUCGCGUUCGACACGUUGACCAAACAUCUCAUUGCCAAGGGACGGCACGGUCUAGUAUUCCCGUGGGGCUCCAGGCCAAAAGAACACCAUCCUGGUCGGGAAUUAUAUAUCAUACCCUUGCUAUCAACCGAUAGUGUUCCAGAGUACAUGGAACUCUUGGAUGACCUGCAGCUUCCGAAAGUUAGGAGUAGCAACUUCCUCAUUGGUAUCUGGGUGCUUAACAAGGGCAAACUCGCACCUCCACCGAAAACAUAUACACCAACUUUACCUACUCCCACACCCGCACCGGACUCAGCGCCAGUACCAGUAUCUCUGCCUUCCAAUAACACUCCACAGAUUCCAAUUUUGCCUCAUACGACUCCGAACUCCGCGAUGUCGCCUUUCCAGUUGCCCACAUCUGCCUCCACGCCCUCUCAAACCAUUCCCUCCGACGCGCUUAGUUCAGAAAUCGCUUCAUUGACACCAGAACAGAUUCAGCUUAUGUUGCGUACGCUCCAAGCCACAAGCCAACCUCAAUCCGGUCAGCCGUCGCAGCCAUCUCCUCCCAUAAACAUCCCCCAAGUGUCGUUACAACCAUGGGCAUCUCCUUCAUCUGGGUAUCCACCAUCAUAUCCCCAAGGUCCUCCGCCUGCAGGGUAUUCACCGCCACGUCCACCCAAGCAGUAUUCGCCUAGUCAUGAUUCCUAUGCUGAGUAUCCUCAUGGGCAGUACGAUUCAUUUGACCGUGGCGGAGGCCGUGGAGGAGGAGAUCGCGGUCCACGUCACCGCGGUGGGCGAGGAAGGAACACGCGUGGGUUUGAACGUUCUCGUGAUGGUGGUUGGAAGAAUCGAGGGCGGGGAAGAGGCGGUGCCUCAAGUCCGUCGCAAGAUCGAGGGAGGUGGGGAGGUGGACCUCCGUCACAACAGUGGGGUUGAUCGAGACGAGAAGUUUUCCGCUUUCUACUUUAUUUUGUAUCUUUCUUCGUAGUUUCUUUACUGACAUUACUUCUGCUAAUGACGCUGUAUCAACUUACAAAGAGUUUAUGUUGUACUUUGCUCGUCACUUCGCUAAUGAAUUGUUGAAUGUUCCAACGUGAGUGCUGAAGCGUGCUGAUGAGGGAAGUCAUGAAAUUCGUAACUCGUCGU